AGAGCGCGCAAAUACGAGCGGCGCGUAAAGGUUGCGCAUUGCUGCUGACAUUGAACGGGUGACUUGUGUUUUCUUUCUUCUUCCUUCUUCAUGCAUCGCAGCGCCCAGAAGGAUUUAAUCUGACCAUUUUUUGCAUCUUUUUUUUUUUUUUUUUUUUUGGGAGGAUCUUUUUCGCCUUUUGCUGGUGGGCUGCGUGCCAGCUUGUUGGCGGAUGGUGCGCCGUGCGGACUUCAUGCGUGAGCGGACGCCUCGUCUCGCCGUCACCUCACCGGCGCUUCCACGCUAACAGGUAGCCCGGCUGCCUUCUCAUCCAUUCCGGGGAGGAGGAGGGGGGGCACGUCGGAGUGGAAGGACGCCCGCAAAAGGGCUGCAAGGAGGAUGAGACGCUGAUCACCGCAACUGCUGCAGGUUUGGAAGAUUCCUUAGAAAACAUUUGAUUCCCGUCCUCCGUCAUGGAUCUAAAAGACUAUUACCUGUUGGGUGCUCUACUCGCCUGUAUCUGGCUCGACCCAUCAAUCGCCCAAGAACUAAUCUACCCCAUCCGGGAGGAGCUGCAGGAGAAUGUGCUCAUCGGGAAUAUACCCAGGGACCUUAACAUUUCUCACACCAACGCUGCCACCGGAGCAAGUGCUAAUCUGGUGUACCGACUCGUCUCCAAGGCGGGAGAUAACCCCCUGGUCCGCGUCCUGAGCAGCACAGGUGAGAUUUUCACCACCUCCAACCGAAUAGACCGGGAGAAGCUAUGCCCCGGCCCCUCGUUUGAGGACAGCGAAUGCUCCUUUGAGAUCGAAGUGGUCAUCCUGCCUAAUGAUUAUUUCCGGCUGAUUAAGAUCAAAAUAACCGUCAGAGACACAAACGACAACGCGCCGAUGUUUCCGUCACCUGUGAUCAACAUCUCCAUUCCGGAAAACACGCUCAUCAACAGCCGCUUCGCUAUUCCUUCGGCCACCGACCCGGACACCGGCCCCAAUAGUGUCCACAAAUAUGAGCUGAUCAACGGGCAAAGUGCCUUCGGCCUGGACAUAGUGGAAACGCCCGAGGGGGAGAAGUGGCCCCAGCUUAUUGUGCAGCAGAAUCUGGACAGAGAGCAGAAGGACACGUACGUGAUGAAGGUCAAAGUGGAGGACGGCGGCAGCCCGCAGAAAUCCAGCACCGCAAUCCUACAAGUUUCCAUAACGGACGUCAACGACAACCGGCCUGUGUUUAAGGAGAGUCAGGUGGAGGUGCAUAUCCCGGAGAAUUCCCCCGUCGGCACAUCUGUCGUGCAGCUUCAAGCCACGGACGCGGACGUAGGAGCCAACGCAGAGAUUCGAUAUGUGUUUGGCACUCAGGUGUCACCUGCUACUAAGAGGCUGUUUGCACUCAAUACCACAUCUGGCCUAAUCACGGUGCAGAGACCCUUAGACAGGGAAGAGACUGCAAUACAUAAGCUCUCUGUUGUGGCUAGCGACGGCAGCCCGAGCCCCGCCAGAGCCAUUAUUUCCAUCAACGUGACCGAUGUUAAUGACAAUCCCCCCAAUAUAGACCUGAGAUACAUUAUCAGUCCCAUUAACGGCACUGUUUUCCUCUCCGAGAAGGAUCCCAUUAAUACCAAGAUAGCCCUCAUCACGGUGUCGGACAAAGACACCGACAUCAACGGCAAGGUCAGUUGUUUCAUCGAGAACAACGUGCCCUUCCACCUCAAAGCUGUGUAUGACAACCAGUAUCUGCUGGAGACAUCUGCGCUGCUCGACUAUGAAGGGACAAAGGAAUACAACUUUAAGAUUGUGGCUUCCGAUUCCGGGAAACCCAGCUUGAACCAGACUGCUUUGGUGCGGGUGAGGCUGGAGGACGAGAACGACAACGAGCCUGUUUUCACUCAGCCCGUCAUCGAGCUGGCCGUCAUGGAGAACAACAAACGCGACUUGUUCCUCACCACCCUCAGCGCCACGGACGAGGACAGCGGCAAAAACGCGGAGAUUGUUUAUCAACUGGGGCCGAACGCGUCCUUCUUUGACCUCGACCGCAAAACGGGGGUUCUGACGGCGUCCCGGGUUUUCGACCGCGAGGACCAGGAUCGCUUCCUGUUCACCGUCACGGCGAGGGACAACGGGACCCCGCCUCUGCAAAAGCAGGCGGAGGUCAUCGUGACCGUGCUGGACGAAAACGACAACAACCCCAAGUUCACGCACAACCACUUUCAGUUCUUCGUCUCCGAGAAUCUUCCCAAGUACAGCACCGUCGGGGUGAUAACUGUGACGGAUUCCGAUGCCGGGGAAAACGCCGCAGUUUCCCUUUCCAUUCCGAAUGACAAUGAAAACUUCAUACUGGACGCGUUCUCUGGCGUGAUAAAGUCCAACGUGUCCUUUGACAGGGAGCAACAGAGCUCCUACACGUUUGACGUCAGGGCUGUGGACAGCGGCAGACCCCCUUGCUCCUCAGCAGCUAAGGUGACUAUCAAUGUCAUCGACGUGAACGACAACACUCCGGUCGUCAUAUACCCCCCCUCAAACACGUCUUUCAAACUGGUCCCUCUGUCCUCUAUCCCCGGGUCUGUGGUCGCGGAGGUGUUCGCGGUGGACGGCGACACAGGAAUGAACGCUGAACUCAAAUACACGAUCGUGAGUGGCAACAACAAAGGUCUGUUCAGGAUCGACCCCGUCACAGGGAAUAUCACCCUGGAGGAGAAACCCGCAGUGAGCGACUUGGGUCUGCAUAGAUUGGUCGUCAACAUCAGCGAUUUAGGAUAUCCUAAGUCCCUUCAUACUCUGGUGCUGGUCUUCCUCUACGUCAAUGAUACUGUGGGCAACUACACGCUCAUCAAUGACCUCAUCCGACGUAGGAUGGAGACGCCGAUUGAUCGGAACAUGAGCGACAGCAGCGAGACCUACCAAAGCGGGGACUAUCUAACAAUAAUGAUCGCCUUUGUGACCGGCGCCCUGGUGGUGAUUAUCGUCAUAUUCGUUACCGUCCUGUUGCGCUGCCGUCACACCUCCAGGUUCAAAGCUGCACAGAGGAAAAAGCAGGGGACGGAGUGGAUGUCGCCGAACACGGAGAACAAGCAGAACAAGAAGAAAAAGCGCAAGAAAAGGAAAUCUCCCAAGAGCUCCCUGCUCAACUUUGUCACCAUCGAGGGGAACAAACCUGACGACCCCGCCCACGAGCCCAUCAACGGGAGCAUCAGUCUGCCCACCGAAUUGGAAGAUCAGGGGAUCGGACGCUUUGAUUGGAAUGCCACGCCUACCACCACCUUCAAACCCGGCAGCCCCGACCUGGCCCGACACUACAAAUCCGCCUCGCCGCAGUCGGCUUUCCACCUCAAGGCCGACACGCCGGUUUCCGUCAAGAAGCACCACGUGAUUCAGGAGCUCCCUCUGGAUAACACGUUUGUCGGGGGCUGCGACACCCUUUCCAAGAGGUCCUCCACGAGCUCAGACCACUUCAGUGCCUCGGAGUGCAGCUCCCAAGGAGGGUUCAAGACCAAGGGGCCCAUGCACACCAGACAGCAGGGUCAGGUGUGUCCAUGCCACGUUAAACCACCCGUUUUUGUGGCCCCGCCCUUCUACCUGGGGGUGCAAAAAGAUGGACGCUGUCCUGAAAUGACAAAGGUGUCCUUGUCGUUGGCUUGAUGUACCAUGUGACACACCACCGCUAACAGUCGCCAUAACCCCGCCCCCAUGACAAAAGGGCGUGUGAGACGACUGCUGUGACUGCCCCUCCCUCAUCGAUGUAAAUAGUGAGUGUACAUAUGAGAUGUUUCAUCCACAGUGGCUCUGGUUACUUCUUGCCUCAUGCCUCACCUCACACCUGGGUGAGGACCGCACCACCGCUCACCUGCUCAGUCCACCUGAGACACAAAGAAAUCCCAGCAGGCACAAGAGAACUUGUCGGAUUAGGUCCGGACGUCGAGCAACUCAAAAAUAACGUUGUAACAACAUGCUUUUUGACGACGUUUAUUCAAUUUCGGAUUUUGACGUUAAUUUGACCGUUGGAUUUUGGUCAUUUCGCAACCAAUAUUCUACUACACAAACACAACGUUGAAACAACAUGAUUUUUGACGACGUUUAUUCAAUGUUUUGUUCUGGCGUUAUUUGGACCAUUGAAUUUUGGUCAUUUCCCAACCAAUACUCUGCAACACAAAUACAACGUUAAAACAACUGUUUUUGUCAAUGUUUAUUCAAUGUCAAAUUUUGACAUUGAUUUGACCAUUGAAUUUUGGUAAUUUCCCAACCAAUAUUCUACAACACAAAUACAACGUUAAAACAAUUGUUUUUGUCAAUGUUUAUUCGAUGUCAGGUUCUGACAUUGAUUUGACCAUUGAAUUUUGGUCAUUUCCCAACCAAUAUUCAACAACGCAAACCUAACGUUGAAACAACAUGCUUUUCGACAACAUUUAUUCAAUGUUUUGUUCUGACAUUAAUUUGACCAUUGAAUUUUGGUCAUUUCCCAACCGAUAUUCUAUGACACAAACACAACAUUGAGACAACAUGCUUUUCCACGUUUAUUAAAUGUCGGGUUCUGACAUUGAUUUGACCAUUGAAUUUUGGUCAUUUUUUAACCAAUAUUCAACAACACAAACCUAACGUUAAAAGAACAUGCUUUUCGACAAUGUUUUAUUCUGACAUUAAUUUGACCAUUGAAUUUUGGUCAUUUCCCAACCAAUAUUCAACAACACAUAUACAACGUUGAAACAACUGUUUUUGUCAAUGUUUAAUCAAUAUCAGGUUCUGAUGCUGAUUUGACUGUUAAAUUUUGGUCAUUUCCCAACCAAUAUUCUACGACACGAACACAACGUUAAAACAACAUGCUUUUUGACGACAUUUAUUCAAUGUUUUGUUCUGACGUUAAUUUGACCAUUGAAUUUUGGUCAUUUCCCAACCAAUAUUCUACAACACAAAUACAACGUUGAAACAACAUGCUUUUUGACGACAUUUAUUCAAUGUUUUGUUCUGACGUUAAUUUGACCAUUGAAUUUUGGUCAUUUCCCAACCAAUAUUCUACAACACAAAUACAACGUUGAAACAACAUGCUUUUUGACGACAUUUAUUCAAUGUUUUGUUCUGACGUUAAUUUGACCAUUGAAUUCUGGUCAUUUCCCAACCAAUAUUCUACGACACAAACACAACGUUGAAACAACAUGCUUUUUGACGACAUUUAUUCAAUGUUUUGUUCUGACGUUAAUUUGACCAUUGAAUUUUGGUCAUUUCCCAACCAAUAUUCUACAACACAAAUACAACGUUGAAACAACAUGCUUUUUGACGACAUUUAUUAAAUGUCGGGUUCUGACAUUGAUUUGACCAUUGAAUUUUGGUUAUUUUUUAACCAUUAUUCAACAACACAAACCUAACGUUGAAACAACAUGCUUUUCGACAACUUUUAAUAAAUAUUAGGUUCUGACGUUCAUUUGACCAGUGAAUUUCGGUCAUUUCCCAACUAAUGUUCUACAACAAAUACAUUGUUGAACCAACAUGCUUUUUGUGACAUUUAAUCAAUGUCAACUUCUGACAUUUAUUUGACCGUUGAAAUGUGGUCAUUUUUAAACCAAUAUUCUACAAAAUAAAUACUACGUUGAAACAACCUUUUUUUUUUUCAACGUUUAUUCAAUGUUAGUAUUUGACGUUGAUUCGACCAUUGAAUUUUGGUAAUUUCCCAACCAAUAUUCUACAACAGAAAUACAAUGUUGAAACAACUGUUUUUGUCAAUGUUUAUUCAAUGUCAGGUUGUGAAGCUGAUUUGACCGCUGAAUUUUGGUCAUUUCCCAACCAAUAUUCUACGGCACAAAAACAACGUUGAAACAACAUGCUUUUUGGCGAUGUUUAUUCAAUGUCAGGUUCUGACAUUGAUUUGACCGUUGAAUUUUGGUCAUUUGUCAACUAUUAUUCAACAGCACAAAUACAACGUUGAAACAAUAUGCUUUUUGCGACAGUUAAUCAAUGUCAGUUUCUAACAUUUAUUUGACCAUUGUAAUGUGGUAAUUUCCCAACCAAUAUUCUACGACACAAAAACAACGUUGAAACAACAUGCUUUUUGGCGACGUUUAUUCAACGUCAGGUUGUGACGUUGAUUUGACCAUUGAAUUUUGGUAAUUUCCCAACCAAUAUUCUACGACACAAACACAACGUUGAAACAACAUGCUUUUUGAUGACGUUUAUUCAAUGUUUUGUUCUGGCGUUGAUUUGACCGUUGAAUUUUGGUCAUUUUUUUAACCAAUAUUCUACAAAAUAAAUACAACGUUGAAACAACUUUUUUUUGCAAUGUUUAUUCAAUGUCAGAUUUUGACGUUGAUUUGACCAUUACAUUUUGGUCAUUUCCCAACCAAUAUUCUACGACACAAAUACAACGUUAAAACAACAUGCUUUUCGACAACGUUUAUUAAAUGUCGGGUUCUGACAUUGAUUUGACCAUUGAAUCUUGGUAAUUUUUUAACCAAUAUUCAACAACACAAACUUAACGUUGAAACAACAUGCUUUUCGACAACAUUUGAUAAAUACUAGGUUCUGACGUUAGUUUGACCAUUGAAUUUUGGUCAUUUCCCAACCAAUGUUCUACAACAAAUACAUUGUUGAACCAACAUGCUUUUUGUGACAUUUAAUCAAUGUCAACUUCUGACAUUUAUUUGACCAUUGAAAUGUGGUCAUUUUCAAACCAAUAUUCUAUAAAACAAAUACAACGUUGAAACAACUGUUUUUGUCAAUAUUUAUUCAAUGUCAGGUUCUGAUGCUGAUUUGACUGUUGAAUUUUGGUCAUUUCCUAACCAAUAUUCUACGACACAAAUACAACGUUGAAACAACAUACUUUUUGACAACGUUUAUUAAAUGUCGGGUUCUGACGUUAAUUUGACCAUUGAAUUUUGGUCAUUUCCCAACCAAUAUUCUACGACACAAACACAACGUUGAAACAACAUGCUUUUUGACUACGUUUAAUCAAUGUCAACUUCUGACAUUUAUUUGACCAUUGAAAUGUGGUCAUUUGUAAACCAAUAUUCUACAAAAUAAAUAUAACAUUAAAACAACCUUCUUUUUUUUUCAACGUUUAUUCAAUGUCAGAAUUUGACGUUGAUUCGACCAUUGAAUUUUGGUGAUUUUAUUUUAACUAUUAUUCAACAACAUAACUACAACGUUGAAACAAUUGUUUUGACAACGUUUAUUCAAUGUCAGCUUCUGUCAUUGAUUUGACCAUUGAAUGUUGGUCAUUUGUCAACUAUUAUUCAACAACAGAAAUGCAACGUUGAAACAUCUGUUUUUGUCAACGUUUAUUCAAUGUCAGGUUGUGACGUUGUUUUGACCAUUGAAUUUUGGUCAUUUUCCAAACAAUAUUCUACAACAGAAAAACGUUGAAACAACAUGCUUUUUGACGACGUUGAUUCAAUGUCAUGUUUUGACGUUGAUUUGACCAUUGUAUUUUGGUCAUUUCCCAACCAAUAUUCAACGACACAAACACAACGUUGAAACAACAUGCUUUUUGACAACGUUUAUUAAAUGUUGGGUUCUGACAAUGAUUUGACCAUUGAAUUUUGGUCAUUUGUCAACAACAGAAAAACGUUGAAACAACUGUUUUUGUCAAUGUUCUGACAUUGAUUUGACCAUUGAAUUUUGGUCAUUUUUCAACCAAUAUUCAACAGCACGAAUGCAACAGUGAAACAACAUGCUUCUUGACGAAAUGAAAUCAAUGUCAGGUUGUGACGUUGAUUUGACCUUUGAAUUUUGUUCAUUUCCCAACCAAUAUUUUACAAAGUAAAUACAACGUUGAAACAACAUGCUUUUUGACAAUGUUAAAAUAAUGUUAGGUUGUGACGUUGAUUUGAAAAUGGAAUUUUGGUCAUUUUACAACUAUUAUUCAACAAUACAAAUACAACGUUGAAACAACUAUUUUUUACAAUGUUUAUUCAAUGUCAGGUUGUGACGUUGAUUUGACAAUUGAAAUUUGGUAAUUUCCCCAACCAAUAUACCACAACACAAACACAACGUUGAAACAACAUGCUUUUUGACGACAUUUAUUUAAUGUUUUGUUCUGACGUUGAUUUGACCAUUGAAUUUUGGUGAUUUUUUACCUAUUAUUCAACAACAUAACUACAGCGUUGAAACAAUUGUUUUGACAACGUUUAUUCAAUGUCAGCUUCUGUCAUUGAUUUGACCAUUGAAUUUUGGUCAUUUCCCAACCAAUAAUCUACAACACAAACACAACAUUGAAACAACAUGCUUUUUGACAACGUUUAUUAAAUGUUGGGUUCUGACAUUGAUUUGACCAUUGAAUUUUGGUCAUUUGUCAACUAUUAUUCAACAACAGAAAUGCAACGUUGAAACAUCUGUUUUUGUCAACGUUUAUUCAAUGUCAGGUUCUGACGUUUAUUUGACCAUUGUAUUUUGGUCAUUUUCCAAACAAUAGUCUACAACAGAAAAACGUUGAAACAACAUGCUUUUUGACAACGUUGAUUCAAAGUCAUGUUUUGACGUUGAUUUGACCAUUGAAUUUUGGUCAUUGGUCAACUAUUAUUCAACAACAGAAAUGCAACGUUGAAACAUCUGUUUUUUCAACAUUUAUUCAAUGUCAGGUUGUGACGUUUAUUUGAUCAUUGAAUUUUGGUCAUUUUCCAAACAAUAUUCUACAACAGAAAAACGUUGAAACAACAUGCUUUUUGACAACGUUGAUUCAAAGUCAUGUUUUGACGUUGAUUUGACCAUUGUAUUUUGGUCAUUUCCCAACCGAUAUUCAACGACACAAACACAACGUUGAAACAACAUGCUUUUUGACAACGUUUAUUAAAUGUUGGGUUCUGACAUUGAUUUGACCAUUGAAUUUUGGUCAUUUGUCAACUAUUAUUCAACAACAGAAAUGCAACGUUGAAACAUCUGUUUUUGUCCACGUUUAUUCAAUGUCAGCUUGUGACGUUUAUUUGACCAUUGAAUUUUGGUCAUUUCCCAAACAAUAUUCUACAACAGAAAAACGUUGAAACAACAUGCUUUUUGACGACGUUGAUUCAAUGUCGUAUUUUGACGUUGAUUUGACCAUUGAAUUUUGGUCAAUUGUCAACUAUUAUUCAACAACAGAAAUGCAACGUUGAAACAUCUGUUUUUGUCAACGUUUAUUCAAUGUCAGGUUGUGACGUUUAUUCUCCCAUUGAAUUUUGGUCAUUUCCCAAACAAUAUUCUACAACAGAAAACGUUGAAACAACAUGCUUUUUGACGACGCUGAUUCAAUGUCGUAUUUUGACGUUGAUUCGACCAUUGAAUUUUGGUCAUUUCCCAACCAAUAUUCAACGACACAAACACAACGUUGAAACAACAUGCUUUUCGACGACGUUUAUUAAAUGUCGCGUUCUGAUGUUGAUUUGACCAUUGACUUUUGGUCAUUUGUCAACAACAGAAACACAACGUUAAAACAACUGUUUUUGUCAAUGUUUAUUCAAAGUCAGGUCAUGACGUUGAUUUGACCAUUCAGUUUUGGUCAAUCUCAACUAAUAUUAUACAACAUAAAUACAUUGAAACAACAUGCUUUUUGCCGACGUUUAAUCAACGUCAGCUUCUGAAAUUUAUUUGACCAUUGAAAUCUGGUCAUUUUUCAACCAAUAUUCAACAACACAAAUACAACGUUGAAAUAACAUGCUUUUUGACAACAUUUAAUCAAUGUCGUGUUCUGAUGUUGAUUUGACCAUUGAAUUUUGGUCAUUUUUCAACCAAUAUUCAACAACACAAAUGCAACAGUGAAACAACAUGCUUCUUUGUGACAUUAAAUCAAUGUCAGGUUGUGACGUUGAUUUGAACAUUGAAUUUUGGUCAUUUCCCAACCAAUAUUUUACAACACAAAUACAACAUUGAAAUGACUGUUUUUGACAACGUUUAUUCAAUGUCAGAUUCUGACGUUGGUUUGACCGUUGAAAUUAGGUCAUUUCCCAACCAUUAUUCUACAACACAAACAACAAACAUGCUUUUUGGCGAUGUUCAAUCAAUAUUAGUUUGUGACAUUGAUUUGACCAUUGAACACAACGUUGAAACAACAUGCUUUUUGACAACGUUUAUUCAAUGACGGUGGUAACGUUGAUUUGACAUAGAAAUUUGGUAAUUUCCCGACCAACAACAUUGUCUCAGUUUACAAAUAAAAGUACUUUGCAACAUUGUUUCAAAGUCCGUUUUAAAGGAUGUGUACGUAUAAUCAACGUUGUAUCAAUGUCUUGUGCCUGCUGGGACGAUACCAUCUUAUGUGUUUGAGCACACUGCAGCUUGUCCUGGAUUGACUAACUAACCCCACUCCCUAAUGCGUCAGUCACACGCAGGAUUCUCACAGGAAUGAGGCAACAAUUCAACCAAACCCACUGUAUAAUUAAAUUCCUGGUAAUUUUGCCUUAUGUGCUGUGUUAAAAAAAAGUAAUGGAAUCUAUUUUUCAUUUCUUGGGGGGUUUUUUUGCCCUGUUUUUUUUUUUUCUUUGACUGCUGGGUCAUCUGAAAAUAAAUUAAAGAAAGAAAUGCAAAUGAUCGAGUUCAAUGCAACUCAUGUUCUUGAAAGCUUUAUUUGAACACUGCUUAUUUUAACCUUCAUAAUUUCAUAAUAAAUGUUUCCAAGAGCUCA